CAGAGGGAGAGAGAGACUUAAAAGAAAUAGGAGGGGCUUGUGAGAGACUAGAAAUGUCAAUCAGAGCCCAGAGUCCCAAUAAUCUCAGGCAAUCUGUUAGGACCUGACCUGGGUCCACUCAGAUCAAUAGGAAAACUGAGAGAAGAAAGAAGCUAUCGGAUCGUUUACCGCGGCGGCCGAAGGCAGGAGGGAGCCCGCGGCCUCCGCGCAUCCCCGGUUCCCCCCUCCAUGUCCGCCGGAGUUUGCGGGAGGCGCUGAAAGUGUGGGCGGCCGGCGAGGGCAAGCGACCCGGCUCCCUCCUCCGUUGCCGGCCCUGCUACUUUCUCCCUUUUCUUUCCCUUCUUCCUCUCUUCUCCCCCCCUCCUCCUUUCCCCCCUCCCCUGCCCCGCUCCCACACCAUGUCUUUCCCCCAGCUGGGCUACCAGUACAUCAGGCCGAUUUACCCAGCGGAGCGCCCGGGGAGCGGCGGCUCCCGCGGCGGCGCCGAGCUGGCCCCGUCCGGGACCCUCUCCAACGUGCUCUCCUCCAUGUACAGCGCGCCCUACGCCGCCGCUGCUGCCGCCGCACAGAGCUACGGAGCGUUCCUGCCCUACGCCGCCGAGCUGCCCAUCUUCCCCCAGCUGGGCGCCCAGUACGAGCUGAAGGAGAGCCCGGGGGUGCAGCAUGCCGCUUUUCCCCACCACCACCCCGCCUUCUACCCCUACGGGCAGUACCAAUUCGGGGACCCGUCGCGGCCCAAGAAUGCCACCCGUGAGAGCACCAGCACCCUCAAGGCCUGGCUCAACGAGCACCGGAAAAACCCCUACCCCACCAAGGGCGAGAAGAUCAUGCUGGCCAUCAUCACCAAAAUGACCCUCACCCAGGUCUCCACCUGGUUCGCCAACGCACGGCGGCGGCUCAAAAAGGAGAACAAAAUGACCUGGGCCCCCCGAAGCAGGACGGACGAGGAGGGUAACUCCUACGGGAGCGAUCACGAGGGGGAAGAAGACAAGCGGGAGGACGAGGAAGAGAUCGACCUGGAGAACAUCGACACCGAGAACAUCGAGAGCAACAAGGACGAGCUGGAGGACGAGCUGCAGGACGCCGACCUCCUGCACUCCGAUUCCAAGACCGACUCGGAGGGCUCCGAGGGCUUCGAGGACCUGCCCAGCUCCGAGGAGCGCUACGUCAAGGCCGCCGAGGGGGAGCCGCACCAUCUCCGCCACCACCACCUCCACCACCAUCAUCACCACCAUCACAAGUGCGAGCUCCCAGCCACCGCCCUGGAGCCCCUCAAGCCGCCCCUGCAGCCGCCGCACCACCAGCUCUCGCCCCCCUCCUCUGCCUCUUCCUCCUCCGCCUCCUCCCCGACGGACGGCGCUUUGGCCGGUAUCCUGCCGAAGCCCAAGAUCUGGUCUCUGGCUGAGACGGCCACCAGCCCGGACAACCCCCGCAAGUCUCCCGGAGGCGGCUCCCCGCCCGCAGCCGCUCAGCUGCCGCUGCCCCCCCCGCCGCCGCCCCACAGACUCGUCUCCUCCUGCCCCCUGAGCAAGUUCUCCAACUGGACCAACCGCGCCUUUCCGGCCCACCACCACCAUCACCACCCGGCCCCCCACCCGCUGGCCUUACUGAAUACCCCCCACCUCCUGGGGCUGGGGGCAGCGCCCGCCGCUCCCCCCGCUGCCACCUUCCCGCGGCCCGCGGCCCAGGCGCAGAGCGCGGAGCCCGCCGGAGCAGGUGACCGCUGAGGGACGCGCCGGGGACGGGUUCGGGCCGGCGGCCACCGCGGGGGGCUCGGCGGUGCUGCGCGGAGGUGCGCGGAAGUCCCCUCCGGUUUCUCACGGUGGCCCCUGCCCGGCGCAGCUGUCGGGGCGCAGGUGGCGGAGGGCGGGCUGCCGCGGGGCCCCCUGGUGCAGCGGCGGCGACGGGGGGGCCUCCGCCAGGUUAGUCUCACACCCCCGGCGUCACCUUCCUCCGACGGAUGUAACUUUUGUUGCUGUUGUUGUUGCUGCUCAAAUCGUCUUUGCGGAAGGACCGGGCCGCAAGGCUUGCUCCGGGGUCGGUUCGGGUUCUCUUUGACGGUCACUCCUGCAGCAAAGCAGUCGCUUUGACGUAUUUGCAACUUGCCGAGAAGAGAUCUUAAGUCUAGAGGCUUAAUUCAGGGAUAGGAGUGAAUAAAAUGGGGAUUUAAAACGGGGAUUGUAAAGGAACACUUUUUUUUCUGUGUUUUUUUUUUUUCUUUUUUCCUUCUCUUUUUUUUUUUUUUUUUGAUCGAUGUAGUGCCUUGGAAGUAGAGAAAAAGUUAAUAAAGACAGCUUUCCAGCCAGUGCAGAGGUGGUAAGGGAUUGCUUCCUCUGUCUUCUAAGGAUAUAUAGAGGGAGUUGUAAACGGUUAGCUUAUUUUCUCCGCGUCUUUAGUUCUUCUCCCAGAGCGGUUUCUUGUCCUUCUCCUGCGUGUGUGGUGGGUUAUUCCGAUCCGGUGUUUUUCUUUCCUUUGCCGUCCGCUCUUCGGGAGCGAUGCCGGCGGGCCGGCCGAGCCGCGCCCGAGGCCGCGGCUCCUGUGCUUGGGGCCGGGGGAAGCGCCUCUGGGCGGCCGGUGUCCGCCUCCCCCAGCACCGGAGAAAUGGUGAGCAGAAACGCAUCAGCGCAGGGGCGGCGGGACAGAACCGGCUAUAAUAAUAAUAACAAUAAUAAUAAAAGCUAAAAUAAGCCCCAGCGAGUAGAAGACCUGAAGGGGUUGAACCUUGCCACUCUUAGCUUGGCCUCGCAGCCACUGAAAUCAAUUGCUCGUCUGAUGAGCAAAACCACGGGGAUAUUCGUAGCUAAAUAAAUUUGCUAUAAGUCACUCCGAAAACUUUAUAUAUUUAGAAACCUAUUUUUAAACCCAUAACAACAACAACAACAAAACCAGCGCUACCUACAGUUAGAAAUACCGUGCCAGCCCCAUAUGACUAGAAAUCUUAUUAAAUACAUAUUUUUUUCUGUGUCAUUUUUUUCCAGGCCCCAGAACCAACUUGAUGCCGCUAUGGUUCUAUCUGCGUUGUCAUCAUCAUAGUUAAUUUUUUGUAAUUGUUGUUGUAAUGACUGUAAAAACAAAACAAAACAAAAAAAAAAUCUCUGUAUAGUUACGACUUGUAAGCAUGUCCGUAUAUUAAAACUAAAAAGGAAAAAAAAAUAUACCCACUUCUGUACUACCACCUGGAUUAGCUGAGUUUGUGAGGUUUUUUGGAAGUCCAGUGAGAAUUAGGUGUUUCUAUUUUUUUUUUGGUUGUUGUUGUUUUUUUUUGUACAUACAGUAAAAAUGUACAUACGUGUGAACCAAAUUGUACAAGAAAGUAUAUAUUUUUGGCUAAUAAAUAAACUGUUGCCACUUUGACUACA